CGUUUCCCAUCAGCCACGGAUAAUGCAGCACUGCAGAACUGCAACACUUGCGCCAAAUUGGACUGCAAAGAAUAUAAACGCCACUUUUCAUACCACUAGCUUCUGGUAUCGAAGGACCCUCCAAACGUUAGGCCGAUGAGAACUCAACCUCCAUCGCCACCGCCACCGCCCCCGCCCAAAUCCGAAGACGACCCCGACCUAGCAACGCGGCCCACUUUAUUCUCUAAUCAAACUCUCACCACCACCGUCCCUGGUCAUCGGAAAAAAGGGACAGGUAUUCGGCCAUGGCUUUUACUGGACUCAACCGGCCAGACCCAGGUGGUGGAGGCCGGAAAGCAUGCUAUCAUGAGGCGGACGGGUUUACCUGCUCGAGAUCUUCGGAUCUUGGACCCGCUUCUGUCGUACCCGUCGACGAUUCUGGGUCGAGAAAAGGCGAUCGUGAUUAACUUAGAGCACAUAAAGGCAAUCAUCACGGCCCAAGAGGUUUUUCUUUUGAAUUCUAAGGAUCCUUCGGUUACGCCGUUUGUUGAUGAGCUACAAAGCCGGAUUUUGUGUCAUUAUCAAGCAACCAAAGCCCAGGAGGGCGCUGUUGAUGAUUCCAACUGCAUAAUUCGAACUAGUUCUCAAAAUCUGUCAGCAAGGUUUUCACAGCCUCAGAAUCAAGAUGAGGAACGUAAAGCAGAAGAGAAACAGGGUCUUGAGAACCCGGAUGGAUCAAAGAUUCUCCCGUUUGAGUUUGUUGCAUUAGAAGCAUGCCUUGAAGCAGCUUGCAGCUGCUUAGAAAAUGAAGCAAGGACAUUGGAGCAAGAGGCUCAUCCAGCCUUGGAUAAAUUGACCUCAAAGAUUAGUACACUCAAUUUGGAGCGUGUUCGCCAAAUUAAAAGCCGAUUAGUUGCAAUAACUGGGCGCGUUCAAAAGGUAAGGGAUGAAUUGGAACACUUGCUAGAUGAUGAUGAAGAUAUGGCUGAGAUGUAUUUAACUGAGAAGCAACUACUUGAAAAUUCUUCAACCUCGUCUAUGAUUGAGAGAGAUGAUAUGGAUGGUGAAGGUCUUCAACCAGACAUUGAUGACAGGACACCUGCUGAAAUUUCCUUGGCAGCCAAUUAUCAAGGUGAUCUCCAGGACUCUGAUAACGCCCAGGAUCAUUUAUUUGGUGCUCCUAAUGCAAUUGGAAGAGACAGCCAUGGAACUCGUACAAGUACCACCCGUAGUGCUAUCAGCAAGCACCUUGAUGUAGAGGAGUUAGAAAUGCUCUUGGAAGCAUACUUUGUACAAAUUGAUGGUACACUGAACAAGUUAUCCACGCUGAGGGAAUAUGUGGAUGACACAGAGGACUACAUUAACAUAAUGCUGGAUGACAAACAGAACCAUCUCCUGCAGAUGGGAGUCAUGCUGACAACAGCAACCCUAGUGAUCAGUGCCUUUAUUGUAGUUGCCGGCAUCUUUGGCAUGAACAUCCAAAUUGAGCUAUUUGAUGAUAGCAAAGCAGGGAUGCCAGAAUUCCUAUGGACAAUUGGUGGUGGUGCCACUGGGACGAUAUUCCUAUAUGUGAUUGCUAUUGCGUGGUGCAAGUACAAGCGCUUGUUAGAGUAGUUAGACCAGGAUGUAUACCUUCCGAAGCCAUUGGUAAUAACAUGAACUAAAGUAUCUACUAUCAGAUGUGUAAACUUAUCGAGAUUUGCUUUGUGCGGACAAAACCAAUGGGUAAUUACUAAUUUCAUUUAUGUAUCCUUUACAUGGUGACGUGUAUAAAUCUCUUGAAUGCUGUUUACCUAUUGUAACUGCAUUUGCGGCUGCAAUGUUUCCAGGCGACUUAUUCUCUGA